AUGAACUCAAAAUAGUUUAAAUUUUAAAAGGAGGUAGAAAAUCCUAACAAGGAGAACGAAGGAUAUUACGAGGGAAAUCGAAUUAAUAAAAAAAGGAUUAGUUAUCUCCCUCUAACAGAUAUUACAGAUAUAUUAUAUCCUAAGAGAAGAGAAUUGGAAGUAUUUGAAUAGAAUCAAUUAAAGCUCUCUCUAACUAUUCAAUUGAGAUGA